AUGGGUUCUUCAGCCAGCAAGAGCAUCGAAUCAAGCUCAUCCAGCAGUGUCCCACGCUACUCUUCUAAAAUCUGCCAACUUUACCUCAUCAGCGCAAACCCAGGCUCCAACACCGCACACUGGAGACUCUUCCUUGACGACGGCACGAACCAGCUGACUGGUACAACAUGGGAAGUAAACUACAUAAACGAGCGACCAAACCGCGGCGCCUUACUUCUUGACCAAACCUUCUCAAGAAGCGCUUCGCACCAGAACGCCUUCGAAUGCAACAGGAAGAGUUUUGUCAAAAUCGGUGAUUUGAUGGACAGGGGAUCAGACGCCACGAUAAUCGAUGGCGCAGAAUCCUCGUUCAGAAAGAACGAAGCAGCAAAAGAGAGAGUUCUACGAGAUUUCAGUUACAAAGUGGCCACUACCAACUGCCAAAGCUUCGUCAUCGACGUCUUGGGCAUACUUCGGCAAUGGGAUCCGGACCUUGUUGAUAAGAAUGCGAUCGAAACUGUUCAGCGCUUGUGCUUCCCCACAGUGCGUCUCACAACCAAAAACAGACAGAAGAAAAUACAGCGCCAGGAUGCGAAGCAUGGUCAGGCACAACGACCAGAGUUUACCUCGAGCAGUGGAAAAUUCUCCGGCAUCGACAUCGAUACGCCGAGGAAACAUCACAACGCGCAAGGAAGAGCUGUACAGCGGAAUGCGAUGUCAGAGGUGAUGCCGUAUUCGAGAUGGGAGGCCAGGCCGCAACGGGCUUCUCAGGCAGUGGUGUCGGAGGAUAGAGGGAAUUACGCUACGAUCCCUGGGGCAUGGUGA